AAUCGCUACACCUCCUGGUCUGAUGUUUAAAUAAAGGUCAGCAAGUUUUCUAAGACAGUGCCAAGAUGGUUCUGUUCUGGGUUACUUUGCUGCUCCUUCAUCGAGGAUAUGCACUGGUUCCACUUACCACGGUUCAACUUGGUGAACCUGCGAUUCUCACAUGUACAUUGCCAGAAGGAGAGAUCGGCAGUCGAGCACUUCACUGGUACAAGCAGAGUUCUGGGGAUACUCUGAAGUUAAUUGCAGUGCUGAGGAGAAAUGCAAAGCCUUCGACCAGUUCAGCAGAGACUGCUUCAAGAAUGGAAGUAAAACUGAAUGAGAAAUUUAGCAAUUUGACAAUUUUAAAGACGAUUCAAGAAGAUGAGGGAAUGUAUCACUGUGCAGUCAUGGACUGGACUGAUAGCACCUGGAGUGGGACAUAUUUGUCAUUAAAAGGAAACACACAGGGUUCUUCAAACUAUACUGUUGUUCAGACAGUAUCAGAUCCAGUCCGUCCAGGAGACUCAGUGACUCUCCAGUGUUCAGUCCUCUCUGACUCUGAGAACAAGACGUGUCCAGGAGAUCUCAGUGUGUUCUGGUUCAGAGCUGGAUCACAGACAUCUCAUCCAAACAUCAUCUACACAGAUGGAGAUAUGAGUAACAAAUGUGAGAAGAGAUCUGAGACUCAGAAGAGAUGUGUCUACAGCUUCUCUAAGGACGUCAGCUCCUCUGAUGCUGGGACUUACUACUGUGCUGUGGCCACAUGUGGAGAGAUAUUAUUUGGAAAUGGAACUAAACUGGAGACCGGUUCUGAAUUAGUUGCGCUGGUGAUAACAACAAUCUGCUUGGCCAUAUCUAUGAUCGCACAUUUUGUUUUCAUCUGUUGUCAAACUCCAAGAGCAAUGUGUGAACAAUAUGAAGGAAUAGAAAGCACCUCUUCACAAGUUCUAUUUGUCUGGCGGGAAAACUACAAGACAAAUGAAGCAGAAAAGACUCAAGAGUGAAGGAAAUGUUUCUGUCCCUGGAUAUGUGAAUAUGAGUUUGUGUUUUUGUGGGCUGGUUUGUCGCUCUAACCCUUUGUG